UCACGCACGUGUACUACAUCACGCGGUAGUCACGCGUUUCGACUACCAAGCUUUUUCGUUCUACUCCGCGAUGAACCAGCCAGGACAACAAAAUACCAACCCUGCGGGGGGUGCCUUCGUACAUGCACCUCGCCAGGAUAUGGAAUACAUUUGUGCAGAUUGCGGCGCCAAAAAUGAAAUAAAGUCUAGGGAACCCAUACGUUGUCGUGAGUGUGGUCACCGUAUCAUGUACAAGAAACGAACCAAGCGGAGUGCGUAUCUGUUGCUCUUGAAACCAAGCAACUGUUGACCUUUCCCAUUAGUGGUUCAGUUUGAAGCCCGGUGAUCUUUCCCGGUUGCAAAACGAAUGUCAAAAGAGACGUUUCGAUUAUUUACUAUU